UUUCAUGACUAGUUGGCCAUUUCCCCAUAGCAGGAAACAGAACUGUCUGAGCGUAAUGACAACUACACAUUCAUUUCAUGCCAAACUUUCUAGUUUACAAACAUGUCCUCACCCCAUACUCUGAGAGUUUUAACAUCUACUGGUGGGCUUCCCAUGUGGAUGAUGCUUCUUCACCUCGACAUAAGCUAUGUUGUUGCAGAAGACAUCAGAGUAGUUGGACGUGUAGGAAACUCCAUAUUCCUUCACCCUAAAAUGCACUUACACGCCAAGAUCUCUGACAUAAGAUGGAAACAUGAUAAUACAGAUAUGUUAAUAGCUAGAAAUGGUACGCUUGUUAAUUUAAUGGAUAGGUGUGAGAUCUUUCUAAAUGGUUCACUGAAGUUUCAAGAAGGACUGAAAAGAGACAGUGGAAAUUAUACUGUUCAACAAUACAGUGAAAAUGGAGGCUGUUUAUCCGAGCAGCACAUUGAGCUCAGUAUUCUAGAACCUGUUUCCAAACCAAAGGUGAGAACCUCCUGUACUUUUGAUGGGAGAGUUGUUCUGACCUGCUCUGUUGAUAAAGGAGACAGAGUUGUGAUGAUCUGGACCGAGCAGCCAUUUGCCUGGACAGGGUCCAAUCAGACCCUGGGCUCAGGUCCUGUUCUAUUCCUGGACAGCCAUACGCCUGGAAACCUGACCUGUGUGGCAAUGAACGAAAUAAGUGAGGAAGGCUUCAGCCCAGUUGUCCCAACAUGCAGAGGUCACAGGUCAGCUGUGGCUGCAUUUGGUCUCUUUGCAUUUGCACUGACGACACUGGCCGUCGCCAUUCUACAUUUGAAGAAGAGGCGUCAGAAAAAGAGAAAAGGUCAAAGUCAGACUGAAUAUGUGGAGGAGAACAACUACAUUGAGAUGAGUGGGGAUUUAUGCAACAAAUGGCCACAGGAGGAGACCACAAUCCACCCGGACCAAGACACCUCCCAUUACGAAUUCUGCAGACCUCUUGCAUCUGCUUCCAGCCAGAGAAAGGGACGACUAUCACUGGAGUUGAAUGAUAUCUAUGUAUGAAGAACAAUGUGUUAAUGGCAUUUCAAUAGCAUCGAUUUGUUUUCCAAUGUGAAGUAUGCACCUACGCACCAUAAUUACUGAUCAUUUUUUACAAUUCAUUAUGGUGUUUUUCUGCGCUAGAUGUAAUUUUGUUGCAUAGUCGUAGAGCCUAGAGAAGCGACAUAUAGGGCAUUAUUUCACCUGUAUUUUGAUAUUGUAUCAUACCCGUACUGACUUCAUUAUCAGACUGGACCACUAGGUGGAAGCAUUACAGUAUGAUAAAGAAACAGGGUGACGAGAGGUGAGAAGAAACAUCACAGGAUUACUGUCAUUACAUCAAUAGUUUGUUUCAAAACAUAUGGACGCUGCUGGGACGACUGUAAAUUAUUCCAUUUCAAACUGUUCUAGUUAUUCUUGUCUAAUGUUUGUUUAACUUCAAAAUGUCCAUAUAAAAGACUCCUGAGUGGCACAGCGGUCUAAGGCACUGUUUCUCAGUGCUAGAGGUGUCACUACAGACCCUGGUUUGAUUCCAGGCUGUAUCACAACCGGCUGUUAUUGGGAGUCCCAUAGGGUGGUGCACAAUUGGCACAGCCUUGUCUGGGUUAGGAUUUGGCCGGGGUAGGCUGUCAUUGUCAAUAAGAAUUUGUUCUUAACUGACUUUUCUAGAUAAAUAAAUAGUAUAGCCAGGGUUCUCUGUUUCUGGAUAGCUACCCUCCUGUAGGUUUUCAAUCCAAAUCUCACUUAGCACACCUGAUUCUACUAAUUAGUUGGUUGAUAAUCAGAAUCAGGUUAGUUACAACUGGGGU